UUUUUUUUUUUUUUUUUUCCUCAUCAACCAUUCUGCUGCGUGUAAUUUCGAAUCAACACCAACGGUUUGUCAGACUCAAAUAAAGUCGAGCGAAAAAGCAAAACGGGAGGCCAAAAGUAGACAACAAAAGAGCAUCAUCCCACACGUGACGUCUGUUUUGGGCAAACAGUCUGUCCUUUUUCAAUUGCUGUCACCAUUCCCUAUCUGAAUUGAGUGGUCCAACUCGUCUCAUUACGAUAUGCUAUCCGGCCUCUUCCCCCAUUGGCGUCGCAAAGCGGCAGAACGCUCCAGCAAGUUCAGCAGCUCCUACGAAAUCCCAGUCUAUGCAAAUGCAGCUUAUUAUCCGAACUGGAGGGUCUAUCGGAAGCAGCCUCCUUCGUCCCUGAGAUUGGGAUUCGUCUCACAUGUCUUUUACGCGUUUGCUUGGGUCAAGGAAGAUGGCACAAUUUAUCUGAGUGAUGAAUGGGCAGAUGCGCAAAUGCCAAUCGACGGGACCAAUGGCUGCAUCCGUGCCUUCACACAAUUAAAACCGCAAUAUUCCAAAAUGAAAGUCAUCCUCUCAGUUGGUGGUGGAGGGAAAGGGAGCGAGAACUUCGCGCUGGUGGCUCAGAGCCAAUCCCGACUGGCCACCUUUGUCCGGACAGCGAGGGAAUUGGUGGAUCAAUUCGGUCUGGAUGGGAUUGACAUCGACUGGGAACAUCCCGCAAAUCCGCAAGAAGGUUACUACUAUGUCAACAUGCUCGCUCGACUGCGCGAGGUCCUACCCGCUCCACGAUAUGUGUUGGCCACAUGUCUUCCCGCGGGACAAUGGGCACUCCGCAACAUCGAUCUCGGCAAAGCUUCACAAUACUUAGACCUGCUUAAUAUUAUGGCGUACGAUUUCUCUGGUCCAUGGACGAACGAAACCGGACAUCAGGCGCAGCUUUACGCACGGGGCGGUGGCCAUUCUGGUCAGUCGGCUGUUAAUUACGUCCUGUCCCAAGGUGUGGAGCCUAAAAAACUCCUUCUUGGAGUUCCCGCAUAUGGACGGUCAUUUCUGGGUAGCAGCAAGACUGGUCAGUCGUACUCUGGCACUGGUGGAGAAGACGGAGUGUUUGAUUAUGCCGAUUUGCCGCGUCCCGGAGCCAAGGAACAUCACGAUGAUAAAGCCGGGGCUGCAUAUUGCUCUGGAGGGGACGGUGGUUUUGUGACAUAUGAUACACCACGGACGGUCCAGCAGAAAGCCAAAUUCGCGACCAAACUGAAAUUAGGAGGGCUGUUUUACUGGCAUAUGGCGGCGGAUGCACGGGGGCCGAGGAGUUUGCUUGAGACAGGGUACAAUACUUUGCACGAGAUGUAAUUGUACAUUGAGGAUAAAAUGGCGGCAUACUGUUAUUUAUGGUUUGUUUGUAUUCAUUAGGUUGAUAUUCUAUUCUAUACCACAACUUUUCUAGUCUUACUAUACAUAUCCAAGUCCAAACCUACAAUCCAAUUAAGCAGCAGCAGCUUUCUCAAAC